AUGAAGGGGAGAUUUGUGUGGUUGUGUUUCCUUACUUUGUCUGCCAGUGUCAUCAAUAUCGCCGCCAGGCAGGUUCACAACCAUGUCAGCAGCAUCUGCAGCACUUGGGGAAGAGAGCACUUCAAGACAUUUGAUGGUGAUGUGUACCAGUUCCCGGGUUUGUGUGAAUACAACCUGGCCUCAGACUGCCACGAGUCCUACCAUGAGUUCUCAGUACACAUGAAGAGGAAAGAGAAUGAUGGAAAUCCUACAGUCAGUUAUGUGGUGGUCACCAUCAAUGACCUUUUAUUCCACCUCACUAAGAGCCAGGUCACUGUGAACAGCGUGCCUGUCAAAAUGCCCUACAACGAGGCAGGGGUACAAGUGGAAAAUAAUGCGGUUUACAUCAAGCUCCAAUCCAAAGUCGGCAUCACUGUCAUGUGGAAUGGUGAUGAUGCAGUCAUGGUGGAACUCGAUCGUGACUAUGUUAAUCAUACCUGUGGACUAUGUGGAGACUUCAAUGGUGUUUCUGUCUUCAAUGAGUUUAUUCUUAAUGGUCGCAAAAUGAGCCCCAUUGAGUUUGGCAACAAUCAGAAAGUCCAUCAUCCAGAUGACGAUUGUGAAGACCUUUAUGAAGAGGAAGAUGAGUCAAAGGAGGUUUUUACUGUGCCAGAUUCAUGCAAGGAGUUUCAAACCACAUGUGACAAGAUGCUGCAUUCAGAGUCCUGGAGCUCCUGCACCAAACUGAUUAACCCAGAACCUUACAUCCAGGCCUGUGUGCAGGACAUGUGUGGCUGCAACAACAGUACAAGUGACUUCUGUGUCUGCAGCACGCUUUCGGAGUUGUCUCGACAGUGUUCCCACGCAGGAGGGCAGCCUCCCAACUGGAGGACACCUCAGUUCUGUGCUAAACAGUGCCCAUUCAACAUGGUUUAUAAAGAGAGUGGUUCCCCUUGUAUGGAUACAUGCAAAUAUCUAGACACAAGUUCACUGUGUGAGGACCACAAAAUGGACGGCUGCUUCUGUCCUAAUGGAACUGUGUUUGAUGAUAUUUCCAUGCGAGGGUGCAUUGCUCAAUCUGAAUGUCAGUGCAAGCACGACAAAAUCUAUAACCCUGGUGAGGUUUAUCAACAGGUCGGGAAAAAUUGUACAUGUUUUGAGGGUAGAUGGGCUUGUGAGAGCCUUCAGACUCCUGCUACAUGUGCAGUUGAAGAGGGUUCACAUGUAACUACAUUUGAUGGGAAAACUUACACUUUCCAUGGAGACUGUUUCUACACCCUAGCCAAGGAUGAUGCAAGUCCAAAUUUUACCAUCCGGGCCCAGUUGGUGCCAUGUAGACACCUAGAGUCUGACACUUGUCUUAAGAACCUUAAAAUCCUGCUGAACAAUGACAAAAACAACGUAUUAGCGUUCACUUCAGAUGGCACAGUAAGGCAGAAUAUGCAAAAUCUUACUUUGCCACACCACUCAGGUGACAUCAACAUAUUUCAUGCUUCAUCCUUUCACAUCUUGCUCCAGACCAGUUUUGGGUUGCAAAUUCAGGUCCAGCAUGUGCCCGUCAUGCAAGUCUAUGUCAGCUUGGUACAGAGCUACAGAGCAAAGACACGCGGUUUAUGUGGGAACUACAACAUGGUCCUGUCUGAUGACAUGAAGACUCCACAGGGGAUUGUGGAGGGAACAGCAGCAACUUUUAGUAACUCCUGGAAGGCUAACUUCAUGUGCCGAGACAGAGAGGAAAGACUUGAUGACCCCUGUGCCCUCAGUGUGGAAAAUGAGAAUUACGCCAAACACUGGUGCGCCUUGCUGCUAAGUCCAAACAGUACCUUUGCACAGUGCCAUUCAGUGAUGGAUCCUGAGAUGUACUACAAGCGAUGUACUUACGCUAGCUGUAACUGUGAAAAGAGUGAGGCCUGCCUCUGUGCAGUCUUCUCCUCCUACACAAGAGCUUGUGCAUCAAAGGGAGUGUUCCUGACAGACUGGAGACAGAAUGUUUGCGAUAAGUACACAAGGAGCUGUCCAGCAUCUCAGAUCUUCUCUUACAAAAAUCAGAGAUGCCAGCUGACUUGUAGAUCGUUGGGCGAAAAGCAACAAAGCUGCACUUCUGACUUCUUGCCUGUGGAUGGCUGCUCCUGCUCUGAGGGUCUCUACCUAAAUGAAGAUGACUUGUGCGUCCCCAUGGCAAAAUGCCCCUGCUACCAUAAUGAAGUCUACAUCCAGGCAGGAAAGUCCAUCAGCAUGAAAGAUGACCAAUGUGUAAUGAAUGUUUUUUUUCUCCACAAACUAGAAGUUAGCCCCUCUCACAACGACCAGUGCUGCAGCACAUGGGGAUAUUACCAAUUUAAGACUUUCGAUGGAGAUUUCUUCCAGCUUCCCUCCACUUGCAACUACGUCCUUGUGUCCCAGUGUAAGAGCAACUACGAGGCAUUCAAUGUUCAGCUGCAAAGGCAUGAGAUAAAUGGGGUCCCCACCAUUAAGAAGGUCACUAUGAAACUGGACGGGGUCAUUGUGGAGUUAGUCAAUACUUCCAUCAAAGUCAAUGAUAAACCUGUCAAUAUACCAUUCAGCCAGGUUGGCAUUUCAAUUGAAAGAAUUGUCUCCUAUGUCAAAAUCGAGUCAAAGCUGGGUUUGGUCAUCAUGUGGAAUGAAGAAGACUCCCUUUGGGUUGAGCUGGAUAAGAAAUUCAAGAAUCAGACAUGUGGCCUGUGUGGUGACUUCAACGGAGUCCAGCGUUAUAAUGAGUUCACUGAUUCAGAAACAGGGAAUUCUUUAACUCCUUAUUAUGGGGAAGCAUGGAAACUCAAUGGUCCUACGGAAAACUGCGAAGCAAUCUCUACAGCCCCAAAGACGUGUGAAAAUCAGAUAGCCCUCUGUGAGAAUCUGCUGAAAAAACCUGCAUUCCACAGCUGUCAAAACCUGAUUGAUAUUGACUCCUUUGUCAAAGCCUGUGUGGAGGACCUGUGCUACUGUAACAGCAACGAUACGUCAUGCUUGUGUUCAACCAUAUCAGAGUACUCCCGUCAGUGUGCUCAUGCAGGCGGGAAACCAAAGCAAUGGAAGAGUGCACAACUGUGUGAAAAAACAUGCCCUUUCAACAUGGUGUAUAAGGAAUGUGGUAGUCCCUGUUCUGACACCUGCAGCAACCUCCAGAGAAGCCAAGUGUGUGAUGAUCACUGCAUAGAUGGAUGCUUCUGUCCAUCUGGGACUGUCUUCGAUGACAUUACAAAAAGUGGGUGUGUUGCUGUUGACCAGUGCUCUUGCUUACAUAAUGGCAAGCCAUACAAACCAGGCGAAUCAUACUCAAGUCCAUGUAGAAAAUGCACUUGUGGCCAGGGGGAGUGGAUCUGUAACCAAAUGAACUGUCCUGGUAUCUGCUCCAUACUGGGUGGCUCCCACAUCUCCACCUAUGAUUAUAAAACAUACACGUUUCAUGGACUCUGCUCUUAUGUCCUCACCAAGGAAACUAAUGGGACUUUCAGUGUCCUUGGUGACCUGGUCAAAUGUGAAAAAUCAGAUCAAACAACUUGCCUGACUGCAGUCACUCUACUACUGCCUAAUCAAGUGAUGAUUGUGGUUGAGGCCAAUGGACAGGUUACUUAUAACAAAAUGAUCUCUCACCUGCCUUUUUACAGGGAUGACAUCACAGUCUUCAGCCCAUCGACAUUCUUCAUUGUAAUCCACACCACCUAUGGGCUUCAACUUGAGAUUCAGCUCACACCCAUUAUGCAGGUCUACAUCAAAGCCAGUGUUUCAAAUAAAGGAAAACUGAACGGCCUUUGCGGAAAUUUUAACAAUGUGGGAGCUGAUGACUUCAAAAGCACAAAUGGAUUGAUUGAGGGAACAGCUUGGACAUUUGCCAACACAUGGAAGACCAAAGCAAGCUGCCCCGAUGUGACAAACAUACUUAGGGACCCCUGCAUUUUGAGUGUAGACAAUGAGAAAUAUGCCAAACACUGGUGCUCAAUGCUGACAGACCCAAAAGGGAUUUUCUCUCAAUGCCAUUCUACAAUAAACCCUCAAGACUAUCAAACUUCCUGUAUAUAUGACACCUGCAGCUGUGAAAACAGUGAGGACUGCAUGUGUGCUGCAAUAUCCUCCUAUGUCUAUGCAUGUGCUACUAAAGGGCUCUUACUAAAUGGAUGGAGGGACACCAUAUGCCAGAAAUACACAACUGGCUGCCCUUCUACUUUUGCAUAUGACUACCAAAUGAAAAGCUGUGGUCGCACCUGUGGCUCUCUUAGUCAGUCAGACCCAUCAUGUGAGGUUGAAUUCACCCCGCUUGAUGGCUGCGGCUGUGCUGAAGGAACUUACCUAAAUGAGAAGGGAGUGUGUGUGUCAGAUUUACAAUGCCCCUGUUAUGUGGGAGACACGGUGAUACACCCUGGGCAAAUGAUGACGAUUCAAGGACAAUCAUGCUCUUGCCACAGUGGAAAACUAAGCUGUACAGGAGCCCAGAUAAGUGAAUCAUGCACAUAUCCAAUGGUUUUCUUCAACUGCUCAAGCGCAAAGCCAGGUGCGCAGGGAUCUGAGUGCCAAAAAAGCUGCCAGACACUGGACACAGUUUGUGUCAGUACACAUUGUAUCUCAGGUUGUGUGUGUCCAGCUGGCCUACUGUCAGAUGGUAAUGGAGGAUGUAUUAAGGAGGAUCAAUGUCCCUGCACAUAUAAUGGAGAAUCUUAUAAUUCUGGAGAGACUGUCACUGUGAAAUGCAAUACCUGCACUUGCAAAAGCAGGAUAUGGAAAUGUACAGAUAAUGAGUGUGGAGGAAUGUGUACCAUAUAUGGAGAAGGGCAUUACAUCACUUUUGAUGAAAAUAGAUUCUCCUUUAAUGGGGACUGUGGCUACAUCGUCUCUCAGGAUUACUGUGGGGAUGAUACAGAUGGCACCUUCAGGCUCCUGACUGAGAGCAUCCCAUGUGGAACAACAGAAAGCAUCUGCUCCACUGCUAUCAAGCUCUACUUAGGGAACAAUGAAAUUAUUCUUUCAGAGGAAAAUAUCAAAGUUAUCAAACAAGACAAAGGAGAGGACAUACCCUUCCAUGUCAACACUAUGGGUAUAUAUCUUGUCAUUGAGGCAAAGAAUGGUCUUGUUCUCAUUUGGAAUAAAAAGACAACACUCAUGAUCAAACUCAGCUCCACGUUCCAGGGAAAAGUCUGUGGUAUGUGUGGGAAUUAUGAUGGGAAUAUCCAGAACGAUUUCACCACUAGAAACAAAGAAGUUGUGGUUGAUGCCUUUAAGUUUGGAAACAGCUGGAAAGUGUCACCUACCUGCCCCAAUGCGGAUACACUAAAAAAUCCCUGCAGUCUGUACUCACACAGACAGGCAUGGGCAUUAAAACACUGCAGCAUUGUCACCAGUGAAAUAUUUGCUAGUUGCCAUUCAAAGGUGAAUCCAAAACUCUAUCAUGAAGCCUGUGUGAGAGACACAUGUUCCUGCAACACAGGGGGAGACUGUGAGUGUUUCUGCUCAGCUGUCGCAGCCUACGCAGCAGCCUGUAGCAGGGCUGGAGCCUGCGUGAAAUGGAGAACUCCCACAAUCUGCCCUCUAUUCUGUGAUUACUACAAUGAUGACGGAGAGUGUGAAUGGCAUUAUGAGUCUUGUGGAAAACCAUGCAUGAAGACAUGUAGGAAUCCCUCAGGAAUCUGCUACAAUAAAAUUCCACCAUUAGAAGGCUGCUAUCCAAGAUGCCCACCUGAACGAUCUUAUUUGGAAGAAGCUACCAUGAAAUGUGUGUCAAAGCAUGAAUGUGGCUGCUAUGAUAACGAAGGGAACCAUUAUAAAGAAGGGGAGGUCAUCCCUCCAAAGGAAAACUGUCACAAAUGCUAUUGUUCUUCAACGAAGGUGGAGUGCAGCUACAAUGUCCAAGAAUGCCAUUGUUCAUAUAAUGGACGUAUAUACAAGUAUGAAGAUGCAGUUUAUGAAACGCAUGAUGGAAAUGGAACCUGUUUCAAUGCUGUUUGUGGAGAAAAUGGAAGUAUUAUCAGAAACAUGGUGCAAUGCUCCACAACCUCACCAACAACCUUUAAUUUUACAACUCCUGGAACACCAACCACUACAACCCCAUCAACAUCAACAACCUCAACUACAACCCCAGUCACAGAAACUCCCACAACUAUCACCCCAUCAACAGUCACAACCUCCACUACAACCCCAGUCACAGAAACUCCCACCACUAUCACCCCAUCAACAGCAACGACCCCCACUUCAUCUCCAGUCACAGAAACGCCCACCACAACGCCAGUCACAGAAACGCCCACCACUAUCACCCCAUCAACAACAACAACACCAGUGACAGAAACGCCCACCACUAUCACCCGAUCAACAACAACAACCUCCACUACAACCCCAGUGACAGAAACGCCCACCACUAUCACCCCAUCAACAACAACCUCCACCACAACGCCAGCCACAGAAACGCCCACCACUAUCACCCCAUCAACAGCAAUGACCUCCACCACAACGCCAGUCACAGAAACGCCCACCACUAUCACCCCAUCAACAACAACAACCCCAGUCACAGAAACUCCCACAACUAUCACCCCAUCAACAGUCACAACCUCCACCACAACACCAGUGACAGAAACGCCCACCACUAUCACC